CAAAUUCGGCAUCCAGAUUCGAGUCAAUAUAUGGUUUUCGCGUCGAACUUUGGAAGGCAUCGAGUGGUAUCAUUUCACAUUGAUAUUUAGUGCUCCGAUGGGGAAGGUUACGAGAAUGGCCUUUCACUCUUCGCCAUGGCCAUUGGGAAGUCAUGAUGCAUAUGUUCUCGGAAAAAAGCAUCUUCAUGUAAGGUCUAGGCUUUCGGUUACGUUGAUCAUUUUCACUCACUGUAUUCUGUUUUCUUGGAUAUUCGUUACGAGGUAUGUUCGACAAGUCAUGUCUCACAUCUUAACUGCCGAUAUGUAUUAUGAUUCUUUAGCCACAUAUUUGACGCAUCCGUUUCGAAUCCAUGACAAUGGUGACAUUCCUAUUGUAAACCUUUGGAUGCGGAAAGCACUACCUAUACGCGACACAUUGAAGCACGUAAUGGUGAGCAAGCUGCAUAUGAAUGCUAACACGGUACAUGAAGGAGUGCUGUUGAGGUGCUAAAGCGUGGGGGAGUGUGCAUCAUUGGAGGAGAGGUCGCCCAGUUAUUCUAUUUGUAUGGAGAACUACCUGGCCCAUACCAAUCCUACACCCUAUCCCCUACAUAUGUACUUACUGUGGUUGUAUACAUGUGAAAGAG